AUGGUGGCAAAGCCAGGCCCGUCUAUCACGUGCUUGGCACGUGCUUCACUCUUCCUCUGUGCUCUAACCCUAUGCUCCGCUCUAGAAAGCCACGAACUCACGAUUAAGGACGUGACUACGAAGCUGAGGCUCGGCGACAACGAGGUUCUGCGCACGGAGAAGAAGUUCAAGGUUUUCAUGGAGAAUUACGGGAAAAGGUACUCCACCAGGGAAGAGUAUUUGCGCCGUUUAGGGAUUUUCGCACACAACUUGGUCAGAGCGGCGGAGCACCAGGCGCUCGACCCCACUGCCGUCCACGGCGUCACGCAGUUCUCCGAUCUCACCGAGGACGAGUUUCAGCGGUUCUAUACUGGCGUCAAUGGAGGCUUCCCGUCGAAUAAUGGUGUAGCGCCGCCGCUUGAGGUGGAUGACCUGCCAGAGAAUUUUGAUUGGAGAUAG